ACUCCCUCUAUAUAACUACAUGAUAAUCCCCCCACCUCUGAAAUUAAUUUCUCUGCUAAUCUCCAUUUUCUGGCAUUGUUUCUUCUCAUGCUCUGCUUCUUCCAGGUUCAGAGCAUGGCUUAUCAGGCUUUCUCUCUUCUUGUUCUUCUCCUUUCAGCCAUAGGGUUUUCAGAUGCUGGUUCGAUCGGGAUUAAUUAUGGUCGUGUGGCCAACGACUUGCCUUCGCCAGACAAAGUUGUGGAACUCUUGAAAUCUAUUGGGGUAGAGAAAGUGAAGCUCUACGACACCGACGCCACGGUCCUGACAGCUUUGGCGAACUCCGGGAUCAGCGUGAUGGCUGCUCUUCCCAACGAGCUUCUCGCCUCAGCCGCGGCCGACCAGUCCUUCGCUGACAAUUGGGUUCAAUCCAACAUCUCCAAGUUCUACCCGGCAACGAAGAUCGAAGCCAUCGCUGUCGGGAACGAAGUCUUCGUCGACCCCAAAAACACGACAAGCUACGUCGUACCAGCCAUGAAAAACGUUCAUGCUUCCUUGGUGAAAUUCAACUUGGAUUCCAACAUCAAAAUCUCUUCCCCCAUAGCCCUCAGCGCCUUGCAAAACUCAUACCCUUCUUCAGCCGGAUCAUUCAAACCGGACUUGGUCGAACCUGUGAUCAAACCCAUGUUGGAUUUCUUGAAACAAACCGACUCCUACCUCAUGGUCAAUGCGUAUCCCUUCUUUGCAUACUCGGCUAACUCCGAUCAAAUCUCACUCGACUACGCUUUGUUCAAGGGGAACCCCGGUGUGGUUGAUUCCGGCAGCGGGUUGAAGUACAACAGCCUUUUCGAAGCUCAAAUCGACGCCGUUUUCGCUGCCAUGUCGGCUCUCAAAUACGAUGACGUGAAGAUGGUGGUCACUGAAACAGGGUGGCCCUCAAUGGGAGACGAGAACGAAAUUGGUGCAAGCGAAGCCAAUGCGGCGUCGUAUAAUGGUAACUUGGUACGAAGAGUUUUGAGUGGAAAUGGGACCCCUUUGAGGCCCCAGGACCCACUUAACGUUUACCUGUUUGCUUUGUUCAAUGAGAAUCAGAAAUCAGGUCCUACGUCAGAAAGAAAUUAUGGGUUAUUUUACCCUAACGAACAAAAGGUAUAUAACAUACCACUAACAAAAGAGGAGCUCGAAAGUGGCCAGUCAACACCGGUCAACGGGAACACGAGUCAGGUUCCGGCGACCGGCGAGGUGUCGAAGACGUCGGUAGGACAGACGUGGUGCGUGGCCAACAAGAAUGCCGGCGAGAAGACGCUGCAGGCGGCGUUGGACUAUGCUUGUGGUGAGGGAGGGGCUGAUUGCAAGCCUAUUCAACCAGGUGCAACAUGUUAUAGUCCUAACACCCUCGAUGCACAUGCCUCCUAUGCUUUCAAUAGUUACUAUCAAAAGAAGACGCGUGGGACCGGCACGUGCGACUUCGGCGGUGCUGCUUACGUAGUCUCGCAACCUCCUAGAUAUGGGAACUGUGAGUUUCCAACAGGGUACUGAAGCAAUGGGAAAACAUGCAAAGGGGGGGAAGACUUUGGUGAACUUUCAGCAGUACAGACUGGGUUGGGGGGGAUUGAGAUUUAGCAAUUCUUUGUAUCUAUUCUUAUUACAUGGAAAAGGAUGAGUAGGUGGAGUUGUUGUCAGUUGGGUUUGACUCUUUUUUGUCUAUAAUUCAUGUCUCUAUUUGUAUUUAUUUUA